GUAAAGAGAGUAAAAGAGAGAGAGAGAAAAAAAAGUGUAAAAACCACAACGCUGAAAUAAACAUAAAAAAAUUAAAGCUCUAAAAAAAAAUAAAUAGGUAUAUUUAAUAACCAACGCCAUUAUGGAUUCACUUGCAAAUUAUGGUAGUGAUGGAGAAAAUAGUGAUUAUUCAGAAGAUUCAAAGAAUAUCAAGGGGAAAUCAACAUCCACAUCAAAGGAACAAUUGAAUGACAAUUAUGAGCCAAUGCAGAUGGACAUGAGUGAGGAAAGCAACAACAACAACAACAACAACAAUAAUUCAAGUGAAAAUAACAGUGAAAAUGGAAGAGGAAAAAGUCAAUCACCAGUUGAAUCAUGCAGUGGACCAAAGUCAGAUUCAUCAUCAAGAAGAUUAUCAUCAAAUCAGAGGAAUUCAGUUGGUGAUGAUAAACAUCGAGAAUCACGUGGUGCCAGUGGUGAUAGCAAGCAUGAACGUCAUCGUCAUGAAGACAGAACAUCAUCAUCAUCAUCAUCAAGAAGACACAAUGAUGAUAAACGUCGUGAAAAUGAUUAUAAAAAUAAAAAACAUCAUGAUGAUGAUGAUGAUAAUAGAAAAUCACGUGAUUAUGAACGUAAAAAAGAAAAAUAUUUAACAAAUAAAAAUGACAAACGUGAUGAUAAAACAAGUGAUAAAUUUGAACGUGAUUAUCGUGAUGAUUCGCAUAAAGAAAAAAAAAGAGAUCGUGAUAGAAGAAAUUCUAGACGUGAUAGAAAAGAAAGACAUCGUGAUGAUAUUAGUUAUCGUUCAUCAUCAUCAUCAUCAUCAAAUUAUAAAGAUAGACGUUCACGUUCAAGAUCAAAAGAACGUACAAUUCAACAAUCAAGACCAAUGAGUUAUCGUGAAGAAAAAAAUCGUAAUAAAUUAGCUAAACUUGAAAAUCUUGGUAUUGAAUUAAAAACGCCAGAUAAUAUUAUUCCAACAAGUGGAAUUGAACAAAAUUAUUAUAAUCCAUUGACAGCAUCAACACAAGGAAAAUAUGCUGAACAAAUACAAAAAAGAAAAUUAUUAUGGGCAAAUAAGGCAAAACAAGAUGAGGGAAAUAAAACAGCUGCUGUUGGUUCAACAAACACAUGGCUGGCAACGACAUUUACUCAAGAUCAAGAUGGUAAAAUGACUGCAAAAUUUAAAAGAUUAAUGGGUAUCAAGGGUGAAGUUGCAGCAACAACAGCAGCAUCAUCAUCAUCAACACAAUCACCUGGACAAAAACCAGAUAUACUCAAAAAACAAGAAGAAAUGUUUAGUAAUAUGGAACAACAAUAUGAAGUUGCAAGAGCAACAACACAUACACAACGUGGUGUUGGACUUGGUUAUGCAAGUAGUGGCUAUCAAUUUACACGAUAAAUAAUAAUAUCAAUACUUAAUCAAAGAUUUAUAAUAUUAUUUACAUUAGUACAAUUAAUUUUUACCAAUUAAGUUUAAAAAUUAAUUGUCGAUAUUUUUUCUUUUCUUUUUUUUUUUUUUAAUUCAAUAUCUAGAUUAAAAAACUAUGUGACUUAUUAUAAUGUGAAUUUUUCAAAUAAUUAUCAAAACAACAAUAAUUAAACUUGUAAUUAUUAUUAAUAAUAGUAUCUUGUAAAUGAUGAUAUAAUAAUAAUUAAAAAACUAAAUUUUUCAAAAAAAAAAAAAUCCUCUAAAAUAAUUGUUAUUUUAAUUAAGUGUAAUUAAAUAUUAUUUGUGAUUAA